AUGAGCCGGGCCUCUCUUGGAGCAGUUCAGCGUCUGAAGAAGGACUAUCAGAAGAUUCUGAAGGAUCCGGUACCAUUCGCUUUGGCCGCGCCACUCCAGUCUAACAUCCUCGAAUGGCACUACGUCAUUUUUGGUGCUCCUGAGACUCCGUAUGAAGGUAUGUCGUGUAAUAUAUCGGUCAAUGAUAUUACAACGCUAUGUUAAUUUUCUUGGCUUCUAUAACACCAGGUUUUUGAUCUUAUCUUUUCUUCUAUAAUAUCAGGUUUUUUGAUUUUUUUUGCAAAAUUAACGUGAAUUCUGUUUUAUUUUACACUAUACAAAGUAAAACUUCAAUUUUUCUAUUGUUAUCUUAACAUUGCUGCAAAAAACGUGGCUUUUUAGGUGGAUACUACCAUGGAAAGUUGGUAUUCCCAGCCGAUUUCCCAUUCCGGCCUCCAUCUAUUUACAUGAUCACCCCGUCCGGUCGAUUCCAAACGAAUCAAAGGCUUUGCCUGUCGAUUUCCGACUUUCAUCCGGACACGUGGAACCCAUCGUGGACAGUAUCGACUAUUUUGACCGGACUUAUAUCGUUCAUGAACGAAAAUGCUCCGACUUUGGGGUCGCUCAACUCUUCUGCUCAGGUAAGAUUGAUGGUCUUUUAAUGGUUUAGGCUUGGCAAAACCAAGUUGGCAUAUUAUAAAAAUAACUAGGGGUUUGCUUGACAUUUGUUGGUCAUUCUUAGAGUUUUUCACAAAGUUUUGUAUUAUGUUAACUUAGUCUUUGUUGUUCAUGAUGUAAUUUUUACAAACGAGCAAUUAAACGUAUGUUUUUUUUCAGGAUCGCCGCGCUUUGGCCAAACGCUCACGUGACUUCAACCUCUCGGAUCCAGUGUUUUGUUCCGUGUUCGAGGACUUGGCCAAAACAUUGAUGGCGGAACGAGAAGCUGAACAAACUGCCAAGUCAGCCUCGUCGCCCAACAAAUCUGCUGAAGAUGAUGAGAAACUCUCGUAAGUUAAGGGUUUGUUUAAAGAAGGGUACAAACAACAACGUUCAAUAUGUUUAUAAAAAUGGUUAUAACCAUGGUUAUGAAAGGAAAAUUUUUUUAAAACUUUUUUUUGUUGUUUGUGCACUUCAAGUGUAAUAUAGGUUUUAAAGUUUGCUUAUUUGCAUAUAGGAUUAUUAUUUACACAAGUUUAAUUUUUUUGUUUUAUAUCUGUAGUCUUGUAUACAUCUUUUUUCUUUAAUUUUAUUUUUUAUAUCGGCUAUUUUUAUUGGUUUUGUUAAAUAUGUUAUACCUUUACCGCUGUUUUUGUAAUUUUUAAGGCUUUUGUUUAAAAAUGUCAUAUUUUCAUUGAUAAUCAACAAAAAUGGAAUUUAAAAAUGAAAACUUCAACUUUUGUCUAAUCUCGAUUUUCAGCUAUAGGUCGCUUUGAGUUUCUGCUCAAAUUGUGACAUUUUUUGAUAGUAUUGCCACGUUGUCUGGUCAUGCCUUUAUCACAAAUCUGUGCGAAAAUUACUUAGCGUGCACAGAAAGUUCAAGCGUUGAUAUGUUGUCUUUCCGAUGACUAGUCUUGAUGUUGUUGUAGCCUUUAACAACACAAAACCUAGGAGUGUCUGGAGUGUCUUUUCUCGAUGUGUCUGUCUCGAAAAAAUGAGUUUUUUGUUCAGCCCUAACCCGCCCUUGUGGCCUAAUUUCAGGUCGCAACAGGAAGGUCGCGAGACUUCGUCGAUGGCUGCGAAUCUAAUAAUGGUGACGUCGGUGCUGAUGCUGGCGUUGGUGGUGCGGUACGUGAUUGUGACGGCGGCUUCAGCGAGUGGUACCUAA